AACGCCAGUGCAGUACCCUGGGCGGCCUGCAUGAUGUAAUGGCGCUGUCGCAAACAGAACUCCCGGCGUUUGCAUGUCUGAGGCAGUGAGCGGAUAGGCCGCAUGUGAUGUGAGCUACAGUGUGCUCGUGCUCAUUGUCAGCUGUGAAACAUCCCUGAGUUACAUUCAACACUCUAAUUUAUUUUCAUUCCUUGUGAGAGAAAAGGUUUAGCAGAAAAAAUGCCAAAGAAAUCAAAAGAAGUGGCUGAAUGGGAGGGUGAUGAUGAACAACAAACAGAAAAACCUGUCAAAAAAGGAAAGAAGGAUAAGAAGGGGAAGAAGAGCUUUUUUGAGGAGCUGGCAUCAGAGAAUAAACCAGAUGUAGAACAGCCACCAGUGAAAGAGGCACAAGGGAAACAGCCUCAGAAGAAAAAGAAAGACAGGCGGAAAGGCAAAGCAGGAGGAGACGACGAUGAUGAUGAAGACUCAGAGGUCAUGCAGCGUCUCAAGAAACUCUCAGUCCAGGCCAGUGAUGAAGAUGAGGAAGAGGAAGAGGUUGUUGCUCCAGUCAAAGGAGGAAAGAGAAACAAAGGUGGCAACAUAUUUGCUGCUCUAAGUCAAAGGCAAAGUGAUGAUGAUGAUGAAGAAGAUGCAGGUGGAGAUGAUAAUGAUGAUGACGAUAAACCCCAAAGCAAGAAGAGCUCUAAGGAAGUUGAGAAGGUAACCAAGGGCAAGAAAAAAGAUAAGGCUAAACCUAAAAUAAUAAAGGAGGCCUCAGAGGAUGAACAAGAUGAAGGGAUGGAGAAAAAAGAUGAGAAUGAAAAGAAAGGAGGGAAAAAAGGCAAGAAAGCUGCUGCUAAACCACCUAAGGAGGAAGAUGAAGCUGAAGAGAAAGAACAAGAGAAGCCUCAGAAGAAAGGCAAGAAGGAACAGCCCAAGAAAGGGAAGCCUGCUCGCCCUCCUCCUAGUGAUGAUGAAGAGGAGGAGGAAAAGAGUGAUGACAAUGACAUGAUGAUGAGUGCAGAGGAUGCGCUCGUGGCUGAGCAAGCCAAAGAAAAACAAGUGGACGACCCUUUCGCUAACAUGAGUAAAAAAGAGAAGAAGAAAAAAAAGAAAAUGAUGGAGUAUGAGCGUCAGGUGGCUCUUGUGCGUGCUCAGGACGAAAUAGAAGGAGACUUCUCCAUCUCUCAGGCUGAGAUGUCCUCUCGGCAGGCCAUGCUGGAAAACGCCUCGGACAUCAAGUUAGAAAGAUUCAGUAUUUCAGCCCACGGAAAGGAGCUGUUUGUUAACGCAGACCUUCUGGUUGUUGCUGGGAGACGAUACGGUCUGGUUGGACCAAAUGGGAAAGGGAAGACCACUCUAUUGAAGCACAUCGCUAAUAGAGCUCUCAGCAUUCCUCCCAAUAUUGAUGUCCUGCUUUGUGAGCAAGAGGUGGUAGCGGACGACACUCCUGCAGUUCAGGCGGUGCUGAAGGCCGAUACCCGCAGACUGAAGCUCCUGGAGGAUGAGCGGCAGUUACAGAGUCGGCUGGACAAAGGAGACGACAGCGUGGCAGAGAGGCUCGAUAAGGUGUAUGAGGAGCUGAGGGCGAUCGGAGCAGCGGCAGCGGAGGCUAAAGCUCGUAGGAUCUUGGCUGGUCUGUCUUUCACUUCAGAGAUGCAGAACAGACCCACCAAGAAGUUCUCUGGUGGUUGGAGGAUGAGAGUGUCGCUGGCUAGAGCGCUGUUCAUGGAGCCCACUCUGCUGAUGCUGGACGAGCCCACUAACCACCUGGACCUUAACGCUGUCAUCUGGCUUAACAACUACUUGCAGAGCUGGAAGAAAACUCUUCUAAUUGUGUCCCACGACCAGAGUUUCUUAGAUGAUGUCUGUACAGAUAUCAUUCACCUAGACAACCAGAAACUCUACUACUAUAGGGGCAACUACCUAACGUUUAAGAAGAUGUACAUACAGAAACAGAAGGAACUCCUGAAACAGUAUGAGAAACAAGAGAAAAAGCUCAAAGACCUGAAGGCUGGAGGAAAGUCCACAAAGCAAGCUGAGAAACAGACGAAAGAUGCUUUGACAAGGAAACAGCAGAAGGGAAAGAAGAAAAGCCAGGAGGAGGAGAGCCAUGAGAGCACAGAGCUCCUCAGGAGGCCGAGAGAAUACACCGUCAAAUUCACUUUCCCCAACCCUCCUCCACUCUCACCACCAAUUCUAGGCCUGCACAGUGUUGACUUUGGUUAUGAAGGCCAGAAGCCUCUGUUCAAGAAUGUGGACUUUGGAAUUGACAUGGAGUCCAGAAUAUGUAUUGUUGGACCCAAUGGAGUUGGUAAGAGUACACUCCUCCUGCUUUUGACAGGAAAAUUAAUUCCUUCAAAAGGAGAGAUGAGGAAGAACCAUCGAUUGAAAGUAGGGUUCUUCAAUCAGCAGUAUGCUGAUCAGUUGAACAUGGAGGAGUCUCCCACAGAGUACCUCCAGAGGAAUUUCAACCUCCAGUAUCAGGACGCAAGAAAGUGCCUGGGUCGCUUUGGGUUAGAGAGCCAUGCACACACCAUCCAGAUCUCCAAACUCUCUGGUGGUCAGAAAGCAAGAGUGGUUUUUGCUGAACUUUCUUGUCGGCAACCUGACGUCCUCAUUUUGGAUGAACCCACAAAUAACCUGGACAUCGAGUCGAUUGAUGCAUUGUCAGAAGCCAUCAAUGAAUACAAAGGGGCUGUGAUAAUCGUCAGCCACGAUGCCAGGCUGAUCACGGAGACCCAGUGCCACCUGUGGGUGGUGGAGGACCAGUCAAUCAACCAGAUCGAUGGAGACUUUGAUGACUACAAGAGAGAAGUGCUGGAGGCCCUUGGAGAAACCCUGGUCAACAAGCCUAAAAAUGAAUAACAGCUGGUAUUAAUAACAAGAUUGUCAAACUACAUCACUGAAGGGCUCAUCUAAGUUGCUAAUUCUCAAUAGAGCCAAAAAGUUUUUUGACUGAUCAUGCAAAAUCAGUAUCUGCAUGCAAACUCUGUAGGGUGAUGUAUACAAACCCUAGAGUCACAGUGUUGGUGUAGGAUGUUUUUCCCACCAUGCCUUUUAGGUGAAAAACUGAUUCCAGAUAAGUAUUUUUAUUUGCAGACCAUUUAUAUGCACAUCGCUUGUUCUUUAGUCAUGAUGUCUGACAUUCUUGUAUUAAUCUUGCAUUCAGGCCAUAUCAUUACCAGCUGUUUGAUGCUAUGCUAUAUACUAUGUCCCCAUCAAAUGUGAACAGAGGGGGCUAGAAGUGUGCAGUUUGAUAAGUGUCUGACUGCUGAUACAUAUAUUUAGUGUUAAACUGCCUUUGAACACUUUGGUUUAGAUCAUUAAAUCGUUAUUAUGCUGACAUACUAAACCAGCCCCAGAGUUUAACCUAUAUAAUGUUCAAGCAAUGAUGCAACCUGUAUCUCAUCUGUCUUGAAUGAUGAAAUAAACACAUGACUAUUGACUAACUUGAUUUGAAUAUAUAGUGUAUAUCCAAAUUUCAUGGAAAAGCAAAUAAAUGAUUUUUGCAGCAAA